AUGCUGGUUGAUUUCAACAUUUUCAAUGAUUUGGAAGACCCAUCUUCGCAUUCCACCCUCCGUGUCUGCGCCUCUGGUGAUCUCGAGAAACUGCAAAGCUCGUCGACUGUGGGCGGUUGGGGCCCAGUUUCUUCUACAUCCGCAGACGCCGAUUACUCUGAGCUUCUGGAGGCAUUGAAGACUUAUUUGAUUGGCAAUCCUGAAAAACCUGAACUUUUCGGCUACUCUAAUCAAGUGGCCGCUGGAAUUUACCUGGGAGAGAGCCUCCAACAGGCUGCCAAUGUCGAAUCUGCCAUUCAAGAACUACAAAACUUUCUUUCUGCCUCAAAGUACAGCGCUGGUGCAAUUCAGUACUGUGGUGCCAGUGCCAAUACAACGAUCGGCAUAGCGGUUGAUCUGAAUGGGGAUAUUCCAACAGUUCAAGAAUAUGUCAAAACCUGGCACAAGGGAGGAUGUUUGUCUAGCUUUGAUUCGAAGACAUUCGUCGGUACCUCUCUUACCUUCCAGGUUGGCGCCAACCAGGCAAAUGGAACCAUUUCAACUCGUUCCCGGAUAUCGCGUGGAUUGCAUGGCCAUCAUGCUUCUCACACCCACAAACGCAGAACUGAUACAUGCUCAUAUGUUCAAGUCGUAUCUGGGGACAGUUGUUCAUCGCUGGUCACCGAAUGCGGAAUCACAUUCACAGAGUUCUACGAUUACAAUACUGCAUCAGAUCUCUGCUCAACACUCACUGUGGGUCAGUACGUGUGCUGUUCCUCCGGCUCAUUACCCGACUUGGCACUAUCUGCUUAUUUAAAUGGCACCUGCUACACGUAUAGUGUACAGUCAGGAGACAGCUGCUCGAGUCUGGCAAGUACAUACAGUCUCACCGAAGCCGAAAUUGAGACCUACAACAACGCAACAUGGGCCUGGUAUGGGUGUAGCGAGCUACAAGCUGGCCAGUCUAUGUGUUUGUCUUCGGGCAAUCCUCCCUAUCCAGAAUCGAUUGCCAAUGCCGAUUGUGGACCUCAGGUUCCGGGCACUAUUUUCAACAGCACCGAUUCGGGUGACUGGGAGAGCUAUAACCCUUGUCCAUUGAAUGCCUGUUGCGAUUCGUAUGGUCAGUGCGGUAUUACACCAGUCUACUGCAAUCGUACUUUCGCUGCAGAUAACAACCCUGGAACAGCGGCAAAUGGAACGAAUGGAUGUAUUUCUAAUUGCGGAACCACAAUCACCAACUGGGCGGUUUCUCCUUCUUCAUUCUCUAAGGUCGGCUACUGGGAACCGAGCAGUCUUGAGCGCCCAUGUCUACAGAUGGACGCUGUCUCGAUCGACACAUCUCAAUAUACUCAUGUUAUGUUUGCCUUUGGCAACAUCACUACCGAUUUCGAGAUCAAUCGUAUGAUGUCCUUUGGUGGCUGGGAUUUCUCUACCGGCGUGGAUACCUAUAUGAUCUUCCGUGAGGGUACUUCUGCUACGUAUCGGUCUACUUUGGUGACAAAUGUGGUCGCCUAUGUCAAUGAGACCGGCCUCGACGGUGUGGAUUUUGAUUGGGAGUAUCCAGGCGAGACAGAUAUUGACGGUAUUCCAGCUGGAAGCGACGAUGAGGGAGACAACUAUCUUGCAUUCCUUAAAGCUAUGCGAGAAGCACUUCCCAGUGAUAAACUUCUGACGGUUACCGCUCCAGCUUCAUACUGGUAUCUCCAGAACUUCCCUAUUGCUGAAAUAUCAGAGGCUGUGGACUUCAUCAAUUACAUGACCUACGAUCUGCAUGGAAUUUGGGAUAAGGGAAAUGAAUGGGCCGAUGAGGGUUGUACAGCCGGUGACUGCCCCUUCUCCCACAUCAAUAUGACAGAGACCGAAUGGGCUCUGGCUAUGUUGACUAAGAGUGGAAUUGGAACCAGCCAAAUCAUGGCAGGAGUUGCCAGCUAUGGUCGUUCAUUCGAGAUGUCCGAGGAGGGCUGCUAUAUGCCAGUUGCACGUGGAAUGCUGCAGGAGAAGCAGGUGAAUAUACCGAGACUGCUGGAUACAUUUCAAAUGCAGAGAUCAACCAGAUCCUUCUGA